CCAAAUCUAACCGCAAAUCAUCUUAAAUAAAAUAACAACCGUUAAAAAUAAUCCGAUUUAAGCGUAGAACCAAGCCAAACCAGACCGGUGGCGAUGGCUACCCGUUACCCUCACAAGCAUCACCUCACCAUUCCCUUCUAAAUCCGUCAAGAGUCUAGGUCACCAUCCACACAUACUAUAAACCUGAAAAUCCAACGCCACCCCACCAUCCUCUGCUUUCCUUCUGCCCUCCUAUAAUGCGCGAUGGUGUGCGCUACACGCUUCUCCUCUCUCCUUCUCGGCCGCCAGCCCCCGUGAACCACCUCUUCGUUUCCUCCAACCAAAACAUGCUUCUCUCUGUCUUUUUGGCCCUUUUUCUUCCCUGCGUUGGCAUGAGCGCUAUUUUCCUCAUUUAUAUAUGCAUACUCUGGUUCGCUGCUAAUAAUCAAACGGAAAUCGCACCGCAGGUAAAGCAGCCGGCGGAGAAAGGAUUGUCGGCGUCUGAGCUUGAGAAGUUGCCUAAGAUAACCGGAAGGGAGUUGGUUAUGGGGACGGAGUGUGCGGUUUGUCUUGAUGAGAUUGAGGAAGAGCAACCGGCGAGGCUGGUUCCUGGUUGCAAUCAUGGGUUCCAUUUGGAAUGCGCAGACACUUGGCUUUCGAAGAAUUCUGUGUGUCCUGUUUGUAGGGCCAAGCUUGAUUCACAGUUCUUCAUUUCUUCAAAUGAGAAUCCCUGCUGAUUGAAUUCUGAUCAUGAAGAAGAAGAUGAUGAUAUGAUGAAUUCUGUUUAGAAAUCUAUUAGCGUAUUGUAAGAAUAUAUAUAGAUUAGAAUUCUUGUUCACUGUCGCUCAAGUAAUAAUUAUGUUCGUUUGUUUGUUUUCUGUG